GUUCUUUGUCAGCACUGAUUCGCUGCAGCCCUUUCUAUGAGCUUGGUUGUUUGCACGAAGCUUUUGUUUUUUUUUCUCCCCUCCCUAACAUGAUUUGUUUAUUUUGUGGGAUCAGGUGCAGUGUUUCAAAGUUAAGUCCACUUUGACCAUCGUUUUGAUUUUCAACCAUGGAGCGUCUGAAGCUGGUCCUGCAGUACUUCCAGUCCAAUUCGGAGUCCAUCUCUAACGGCAUCUGUAUCAUCCUGGCCUUGGUCAGUGUGAAGCUUUACACCAGCUUCGACUUUAACUGCCCGUGUCUGCCUCAGUACAACAAACUCUACUCACUGGGAGUGAUGAUCGUUCCGCCCGUCAUCCUCUUCUUCUUCGGAGUCCUUAUCAACAGACAUGCAGGCGUCAUGAUGGACGAGUGGAUGAGACCUGUGGGCAACCGAUCGAAGAAUCCCGUUGUGGUCAAGUACUUGUUCUCUGCUAUGAUCCAGAGGGCGCUGCUGGCCCCAAUGGUAUGGAUCCUGGUCACACUGCUGGAUGGGAAAAUCUUCAUCUGUGCCUUUAGUGUGAGUGUCGACCCUGCACUUUUUUCAGGGUUUCCUAACGACACUGAUCUGAAUGUGAUGACCAUCAUGUCCAAAGUUCCCUGUAAGGAGGACCUCAUCUUUAGGAACUCCUCCUUCCGCAAGGCGGUCUUUCGAUAUAUUCGCUGCUAUUCUCAAGCAGUUGGCUGGUCCAUUCUUCUCCUCCUCAUCAUACUGGGAGCACUGGCCCGUAUCUUUAAGCCCUUUCUGGACGACAAUGCAAGCUCUAUGCAGACCCGUUACUGGAGCAACUAUCUGGACGUGGAGCAGAAGCUCUUCGAUGAAACCUGUGUCCUUCACGCACGGGAGUUUGCUCACAAAUGCGUGGUGCAGUUCUUCGAAGAAAUGAGGGAAGACGUGUCAGUAUACCUUCCUCCCCCGUUCAUCGCCGGCCACUGUUUCGAGGAGUGGGAGGAUGCAGAAAAGGAGAAACUUCACGGAAUAACGAGACAGGAGCAGAUGGAUGAGCUGCUCAGCAAGUGGUACUACAGCAAGCCUAAACUUGAUGUGACGUGGGAGGCCCAGAGAUCCAGGGCAUGGGUUUCCUGGAGAAAACACAGGGGAAAAGUCAAAUACUCGGAUGUAUAGGAGACAAAUGUAAAGGUAGUUUAAUUGUACAAGUUUACUGUAGUAAAGCAGGACAGGAUACAUAUACAAGAGGAUACAUAUACUAUGUUGUAAGCCAAAUGUUUCCAUCUUCCACAAUUAUCUUUGCUGUAGACUGGGAUUA